AUGCGCAUUUGUGGUAACAAGGUCCGGACUGGAUGCUGGACAUGCAAGGCACGACAUCUCAAGUGUGGCGAAGAAAAGCCUCAAUGCAACAGAUGCGUCACCGCUGGCAGGGUUUGUGAUGGCUACUCAACUUCUAGGCCCGCCUUCAAGCCAGCCGCGAAGUGCCCCAAGAAGGGGCUUAUCAUGAUUCACUACACGGCCAACCUACCCACGCGUAACAUAGCAAAGACUAACAUUCCCAAGGCUCCGAGCACGGCAAUAAGUCAGGACAGCAGAGAACAACGAUUUUUCGAGUACUUCAAGACACGAACCGUCCUAGAUUUGGUAUCUGGUUUUAAUUCCGAGUUGUGGUCUCUUUAUGUUCUGCAGCUAGCCCAUAAAGAGCCUGCAGUACGCCAUAUAGUCAUUGGCAUAGGAUGUCUGCACAAGCAGUUCGAAAGUGCCGCCACAGGUGAUAUCUUUGAUUCCCGUUUCGCCCUAAAGCAGUACUCCACAGCAAUAAAGCACGUAAUCGGAUCUUUCAAUCCUGGCUCACAGCAAUCCAUAGAUGUUGCCCUACUUACGUGUGCUCUUUUCGCCUUGUUCGAGAGUUUGCAAGGUCAUUAUCGAUCUGCGCUGACUCACAUCACUAGUGGGCUGAAGGUCCUUCAAGAACGACAAGCCAACAACAGUUCAUCACCAAGCUCAUACAAAUUAGCACGGUUCCUGGAGGACCUUUUCAACCGUCUAGGGCCGCAAGUCCUGGAAGUUGCUGACAUCCAGAGUAUGAGGGAGACUUGCCUCCAGGACAUAACAGUACCAUCGACCUUCUCUUCAAUUGAAGAAGCCGAGGUGAUCCUCACUUCCAUUUGGCACCGGAUUCAUUAUAUCAUGCUUUACCUUGAAGCCUCAACCUCCGCUGGGUUCCUCCCCCUUUUAGACCCCGGAAAGCAAGAGUUACUGGGUACAAUGCUUGCACGAUUCUUCGGACGGUGGUCUGCGGCGUUUGAUGAAUAUCUAGCUAACAAACUGAGAAGCAAACUGUCAUGUGGGGGUUCUCCCAAAAUUCAAAUGGAGCCUGGCCUUUACAUCCUCCGGAUGUGGCGUGAACUAAUCAAGGUCUGGCAAGGUCUAGACGCGUCGGCUGGCGAAACUGCAUGGGAUCCAUUCAUUGAUCAGUUCAAGUUAAUUGCUGACCUUGCGACAUCCUUUGUCGAUCAGAGUGCCAAAACAACGGCUUAUUAUUCAACUCCGAUGACAUCGACGCUGCGGGAUGCCCCAAGACCUCACACUCUGCUAGGUGGAUCUAAAUCUACCGCAGCCCUGACCGAUCUCUUCGGCCUUUCGGGGCAUAUUCAAUCCAACAGAAGCAAUGUGCCGCACGCGCCCGUGCCAGCACCAAACAUCAAGCCAACAUUAUCAUUAUCUACCGGCAUUAUUAUGCCCUUGUAUGUUGUAGCUUCACGAUGCCGCGAUCCUGCCAUUCGCCGGCAGGUAAUACGCGUACUUUCGAUCUGUAACCGGAGAGAAGGCAUUUGGGAUUCUCAAUUCAGCUCCCAGGUGGCGAGACAAAUCCUAGAGAUUGAAGAAGCAGGGGCUCGUCAAUACCUGAGAGAAGCGGGCAAACAGAAUGCAAACGAUGAUGGGAAGCCUAUCAUAAUUAAAAGUAUGGAACAGAUACCGGAGUGCGUACGCGUGAGGACCUCGUGGACUUCUUUUGGACCAGAUAAGCAAGCCACUGUUCAGUACAAGAAGAGCAAUGCUGGAAAUAAGCAACUUGAGAGCCAAGAACAUGUUUAUGAGGGGCAUUUUCAGUGGUGA